UGCUGCUGCCCUGAUGAUGAUGGCACCGACAGCAUCGUACAUUCCUAAAGAAGGUCCAAUGCCAUCAUUCAGCCUCGGCUUGACUGAUUCAAGCCAAGAAGAAGCAACAACUCAAGAGGGUGCAGCAACACAAGAGGGGCAGAGGGCAAAAACUCCUAAAAUGCCAAAAUUAAUAGAACAGUUAGGGGAGCUGGUGGAAAAAAUUGCAGGCAGUGGGGUGAAAACAGAAGGUAAAACUCCACCUAUUCAUAAGCAAAGUGGUGAAGAAAGUUUUAAAAAGUUUGUAACUCCUGCGAGGACAAAUGAAAUGAGUGCUGAAAUAAAAGAGAAAUGCUACAUCUGGGCCACACGUGUGAAAACAUAUGCAGAUGGAAAUACUAAUGAGUAUGACACCGUGUGCACACUCAAUGCCCAAGAUAAAUACAUUUUGUCAAAAAUCCACUUUGCAUCUCUCCAAGUUGAUACACAUAUAGAAGCUGAGAUUGUCUCUGCCAUGUGCUUCAUCCUUAACCAGCAAAAAAUUAAAAGGUUUCAGGAAGAAAUAUACUGUCUCUCCCCUGAUAUUGUGAACAUGGCCAUUGCAAAUCAUCCAGAAAGGGUAUUCUUAAAGCCUAAAAACAAUAAGUCAUUCAGGGUGGAAGACUACCCAAUGGUUAUACCUUUCUUGGACCUUAAAAAACUAGCAUCGCAUCGUUAUAUUUUUGCACCUGUUUGCCAUUCACAACAUUGGUGGUUAUGGGUGGCUGAUACAAGGAAGAAAAAAACUUUUGUACUCGACCCAUAUCACAAGACUUGUCCAGCUGAUGAAAGAAAGACCAUAAAUAUAUUUGUUGUGUAG